AUGGAACUUAUUGCCGCUCAUGUAAUAUUUCGACAUGGAGAACGAACGCCUGUCGCAACAUUUCCAACAGAUCCAAUGCGAGAGAAAGAUUGGCCAGUGGGUUAUGGUCAGCUAACCACUACUGGUAUGGAACAACAACAUCGUCUUGGAAAAUAUCUUCGUGACCGUUAUGGAUCCAUUUUAAACACGACUUAUAUUGCUAAUGAAAUUUAUGUUCGUUCAACCGAUUAUGAUCGAGCAUUAAUGUCAGCUGAAUCGAAUCUAGUUGGUCUUUAUCCAUUAGAUAAUAUUUCAGAUGAUAAAAUUCCAAUUCAACCUGUACCAAUUCAUACUGUACCACAAGAUCAAGAAUUUAUUCAAAUAUGGACAAAUUUGAGCCAUGUUAAUAUGCUUAAUACCGUAUAUGUUGCUGAUACGGUUUUUAUUGAACGCAUUUAUAAUAAAACACCAACAUGGGUUGAUGAAGCUGUUCUAAAAAAUUUAUCCGAUAUUCGUGACCUUUUUUUUUAUUUAUCUUAUUCAGAUAAUGACAGUAAACGAAUACGAGGAGGUCCGUUAAUACAAGACAUUUGGAUAAAUAUGAAUGAUGCAAGUCAAGGUAGAACAUAUCGAAAAUUUGCAUCAGCUAUAUUUCUUGAUCUUCUUAAACAGAAUUCAACAUACUAUGUUAAAGUGGAAUAUCUAAAUGUAACAGAUUCCAAUCAACCUUAUUCGUAUCUAUUAGAGGGGUGUCCAGCACUAGAAUGUCCAUUAAAUACAUUUACAACUAUAUACCAACCUCGUUUUCCAGCAAAUGCUACAGUUGAAUGUACAAUUAAAGUCCCAUCUAAUUCGUCAAGUAAGCUCAUAUAA